AUGACUUCUGGCUAUGCAUAUGCACUUAUUUUCUUAUGCAUAUCGAUUGAGGUUUCUCCAAGCGUCUCACAGUUACUCGGAGGAGAAGGUCUUUUACCAGGUUUAGGAGGUCAGCUUGAUAAUGGUCUUUUUCCGGAUAUUUCCAAAUGCUUAGCAUCAGUGUUCAAUGUUCCUGGAUGUGUUGAAGAGAUUAUAACAUCUUUCUUAACUAUUCGACUUCGAUUAAUCGGGCCUCAAUGUUGUAAAGCUGUACUAGACAUUCAUGAUAGUUGUUGGCCUAAAAUUCUUCCUUUUGGUGCACUUUUACCUUUGACACUUAAAAGUUUUUGCCCCAUCCAAGGUUCAUUGCCACCAACAACCCCUCAAACUCUAUUUCCAAAUAGCGACAUGAAGAUUGUACACAAAAUUAAGAACUAA